AUGAAUAUAAAAUCAGCCAUGUCUAAGCCGGCAGAUCACAUCAAGAGACCGAUGAACGCCUUCAUGGUGUGGUCCCGCGGUCAGAGACGGAAAAUGGCCCAGGAGAAUCCAAAAAUGCACAACUCUGAGAUCAGCAAGAGGCUCGGAGCCGAAUGGAAGCUGCUUUCGGAAUCAGAAAAGCGACCCUACAUCGACGAGGCCAAGCGGCUGAGGGCGCAGCACAUGAAGGAGCACCCGGACUACAAGUACCGGCCCAGGCGCAAACCCAAAAACCUGCUGAAGAAGGACCGGUAUGUCUUCCCGCUGCCUUACCUGGGCGACGCCGAGCACCUGAAAGCACUUCCAGUAACAUGCGCCGAUUCCAUGCUGCUCUCCGGACAUGAAAAACGCCCGUUCUUGCACCCUGCGGCCUCCGCGCCCUACUCGUUCCUCGACCCGAGUCAGUUCGGUUCGAGCGCGGCGCAGAAGAUGGCAGACAUGCCGCACGCACUGGCCGCCGCGGCCGCCGGGUCCCUCCCGUACGCGUCCUCUCUGGGCUACCAGAGCAGCGCGUUCGGCGGCCUCGCGUGUCCCGGACAGCACACGCACACCCACCCGUCACCCACCAACCCGGGCUACGUGGUGCCAUGCAACUGCACGGCGUGGCCCGCGGCGUCAAGUUUGCAGCCUCCCGUCGCGUAUAUCCUGUUCCCGGGCAUGGGCAAGAGUGGCAUCGACCCGUACACGACAGCGCACGCAACAGCGAUGUAAAAAGAGACAAAGACGUAAAC